AUGUCUGCUGAUACUGAUAUUGUAGAAAAGAGAUACCUAUCGCUGCACGAGCGAUACAGCGUUUGUAGGCGCAAUUCGACAUUCCCAGCCGUCGUCGUAGUUGUGGUCGCAUAUCCUAAUUCUUCGGAUCUUCCCUCAACCUCAUUCCUCGAGCAACGGAUCACCGAGCUUCAACAGCAUUUCCCAUUACUGUACGCCAGUGUCGAAGGUCCACGAACUACCAAACCAUACUUUCAGAGUCGAGAGGAAGUAUGGCCACCUUCUGAAAUCCUAUUUCAUACGACCUACACACCUCUUUCCGAUUCGAAAGAAGAACUGGGAGAGGUAUUCUGCAAAGAGCCCGAUGUAUUAGCUAAGAAGCAAGAUUUCUACUCUGGUCCCAGUUGGCAAGUCCGACUACAUACCCAUCCUGCUCAUUCCAGAGCAUAUCUGACAUUGGCGAUUGAUCAUAUCUAUAAUGAUGGUCGAGGCCUUAUCGCCCUUCUCGAUUGUCUUUUGGCCGAUGAUAUAUCCUCGUUACCGUAUGAGAAGCUCUCCAGUAUACCCAGAGUAGAAGAAACCAUAGAUAUGAAGCCUUCAUUAGGGUAUUUCCUUCCAAUCGUAUUUGACAAACUGCUAUUACCGAAACUACCAAACUUCAUACAAUCCUACUUUAAAAAAUCACCUACUUGGCCAUCGAUAAGUAUCCGACAGGGUCCCAUCGGUUUACCAGCUGGUCAAUCUAUCAUCGCAAUUCCCCUCGACUUGCUUAGCAAGCUCAAGAUCGUCUCCAAGGAACACGGUAUCAAAACUUUACAUGGUCUGCUCAAGGCCAUCUACAUGGUUGGUGUAUGGUCCGUCUACCGACAUACCCUCACUCCGUUCAUCAUACGUGGCUCUACUCCUCGAUCAGAGAGAGAUCCGGCAUUGGGUCAUCCUCUGUGUACUGGUAAUUAUGUCAGUUCGCACAAAGUGGAUAUUCCCUUAAAAGGGGAUGACAAGUUUUGGACAAUCGCUAAGAAAGUAUCAGACAAUCUUAUCGAUCCUCAAUCGAUCAAAUACGGUAGAAUGGAUAUGGGCAUGUUAGCUUGGGUACCAGAUGGUGAAUUUGAUCCACCGCACGAAGAUCCUCGUCGUGCGACCAAAUGGGAAGAUUUCUUUUUGACUCAGGCAUACUCUGAGACCCCCUUCAACGAGAGUUUCAGUUUCUCCAAUUUGGGUGUAACGAAACUGCCCAAAAGAGCGGAAGAUCUGAUAUGGGGUCAAGAAGCUUCGCCUUAUGCACCGCCUUUUAACGUGUGCUUGAUCAGUCAUGAAGGUGGGUUGAGGUUGGUCACGGUGUGGAAGGAGGGGUCAGUCGCGGUGAAAGAAGAAGUCAAACGGAUGGAGAAAGCAUUUGGGGAGGUGCUGAGGAAGCUCGUCGAGGGAGUACACGAUACGACAUUGGCGAGUCUGAUCGAGGUAUAG